UACUCUGGUCUCAGCCUCUGUAGCAGAGAUUUAGAGUCCUCCCUCUCGCCCCGCACAUCCUCCUGAACCUGCUUCAGGCCAGAUCUUUUCCCAGUCUCUCCUGCAGUUAAGAGUUAUCACCAGCCGUGUAAACCAGCGCCUCCACCACUAUGUUUAAACUGGUUCUCUGUUUGGGCUUAGUGGCGACCGUUCGCACGCAACAGUCUCUGUUGACGCAGCAGCCUCUGUUGACGCAGCAGCCUCUGUUGACGCAACAGCCUCUGUUGACGCAACAGCCUCUGUUGACGCAACAGCCUCUGUUGACGCAACAGCCUCUGUUGACGCAGGAAAGGUUCCUGCAGCAACCUGUGGUGGUACAACAGCAACCACUGCAGCAGCUGUCUCUAACUCAACAAGAUUCCCUCUUAGUGCAAGAUCCGCUUCUCUUAGACCAGGAAACUUUGUCGUUGCAACAACAGCCACUGGUACUGGAGCAAGAUUCAUCACUGCAAGGACCACUUAACUUGCAGCAAGAAUCAUUCAUCUUGCAACAGCAGCAACAACAACCACUAGCGGUGCAGCAAGAACCUCUUAUAAUAGAUCAAACAUCCCUCGGAAACCAGCAAAGAGUAGUUCGUCAGCGGCCAAUUCUCAGUCCCCAGCAGCAGCAGCAAGUUCUACAGCAGCAGCUGCUGGCUAUCCGUCGGCAACAGGAAACUCUUCGUCUGCGCGAGGAACGUCGCAGGCAGCAAGAACGAAGACAACAACUCGAACUCGCGCGUCUGAGGCAGCUUCGUCGCCAGCAGGCAGCACUUCGACUGCGGCAGGCGCAGCUACAGCGAGCACAGCUGCUGCAGACGCAGUCGCAACUGGAGAGGGCACAGCUGCUGAAGAACGAGGCGCAGCUGUUGCAGACUCGGGCACAGCUCCAGCAGGCGGAGUCACAGUUGCAGAAUCGGCAAGCGUUGAGGCCUGCUGUACCUAUCCUUGAAGAUCAGCGUGACGGCCCCUUCCAAGACGGCUCUUACUACUUCACGUUCUCCACCGGGGACGGCAUCCUGCGGGAGGAAGGAGCCCGGCUCACCAGCCCCGUAACCCACGAAGUCACAGGAUCUUACUCGUACACGGCGCCCAACGGCAAGCUCAUCAUCAUGGAGUACAUCGCUGACGAGAAUGGCUAUCGUGCCUUUCCUGUGCACUCAGGCAGACCCAGCUUAGUGAACCGACCUCAGCGCAUCCCGGUACCUCCACCAUACCGCCCACCCUUGUCUCAGACCCUCGACCAGUCCUUCAGUGACCGGUCGACAGCUUUCAAGAGGAGUCCUGACCAGUCUGUCAGUCAGCUGGACUUACAGAAUUCUCACAAUAACCAGCAGCAAGAAGAUGACCGUGAACAGUCUUCAGCCUCUGAGGAAGAAAUUGAUUUGUAAGAAUGGAGACUAAUCUUCGUCACUGCUGUCUACCCAGACUCUCAGCUCCACCGGAAGUGAAACUAUUAGUAUCGUACUCUUUUAGACUUUAAGCAUUGAUAUCAGCCUCUAACUACUAUUCUGGAUUAUGUAUUAUUUUAUGUAUGAAUUCCAAAUUUUCAUAGCAAUAAACUAGU